AUGUCAUCUCAAAGUCCGUUCGAUGACCUUGUUCAGCCGCAACCUCGUCCCUCUCAUCGGGCUCCUGCUUUUCAAACCGAUCCCUUUGGUGACAGUCUACCAUCGUUUCUCGAUCCUCAACAUUCCCCUGAUCCAGGUGUGUCAUACGGUGAUCAUCCCUCCGGAUCGAAUUCAAGAGACGCCAGCCGACAGCUAGGACUGGAUCCCUUUUUCGAUGACGACGAUGAAUACGGCAUCUCCGGACACAGCUCUGGCUAUCUCGCUCCCGAAGAGUCCACUUCCACCGUCAGCGUUUCCCGACCCUUCAGCCGAUCCAUUCCUUCAAUUGAGGAAUCUUCUCUGCCCUUGGCUCAGUCCGGCGCUGUUCCGGCUGGAUUCUCCGGGCCUAUCGAUGAUAAGCAGUACCACCCUUCGACCAAGGGCUACUCCAAUGGUGUCGACCCUUUUGAUGACGACGAAAGCGGACCCUCGGCAUAUGCUUUUACGGCUCCUGGUACGGGGCCGUAUGCUCGACGCCGAAGAAGUAGAUGGGCUGCAUUCAGAGAGGAUCAUCUCACCGACAUUGACUGGACCUUUGGUGUGAAUAGAUUACUGCGGAGGAAGAGUAAAUUUGAGGGCAUGCCACGAGAGGUGACUUUGAAUGAUCCUGAGGCAAAUCGACUCAAGUCCUACGAGAAGAAUUCCGUCUCCACUGGCAAAUACGGACCCAUCACAUUCCUGCCUAAAUUUCUCUUUUCCGAAUUUUCUCGCUCAGCAAAUCUCUUCUUUCUCUUCACUGCCAUCAUUCAGCAAGUCCCAAAUGUCUCUCCAACCGGUCGCUACACGACUAUCGUACCCCUAGCAGUCGUUCUGAUAGCUAGUGCUUUCAAGGAAAUUCAGGAAGAUAUCAAACGACAUCGUUCCGAUAGUUCUCUCAACAACAAUCAAACUCAAGUUCUUGUCGGUCAGCAAUUCGAACGACGAACAUGGCGCAGGAUCCGAGUCGGUGAUAUCGUCAGGCUGGACGUCAACGACUUCAUACCAGCCGAUAUGGUACUCUUGAGCAGCAGCGAGCCUGACGGACUUUGCUACAUUGAAACGGCAAACUUGGAUGGUGAGACUAACUUGAAGAUCAAGCAGGCUCAUCCAUCGACUGCGGCGUUGACAAAUCCUCACGCCGUGUCAAUGUUGCGAGGGCAUCUGCUGUCCGAACCUCCAAACUCCUCGUUGUAUACCUAUGACGGCACAUUCCAUCUUUCCUCGGCCCUGCCAGGUGCGGCUCCAACCAAGAUUCCGGUCGGACCCAAUCAGAUGUUACUGCGAGGAGCUCAACUGCGCAAUACAGCGUGGGUGUAUGGAGUAGUCGCGAAUGCUGGGCAUGAAACCAAACUCAUGCGCAAUGCCACAGAGGCACCAGUCAAGCGGACGGCUGUGGAGCGGCAGGUCAACAUGCAGAUUCUGUACCUCUUCAUUCUCCUUCUGAUCCUGUCGCUUGUGUCCACCAUAGGCAACUGCAUUCGUUCCUGGUUCCUCUCAAAACAGACUUGGUAUCUGGAUCUCGAGGCGGACAGUCCCAACAAAGCACGACAGUUUGCUGAUCAAACAGACAUCCUGACCUUUAUAAUCCUUUAUAACAAUCUGAUCCCGAUAUCCCUCAUCAUGACAAUCGAGGUUGUCAAGUUCUGGCAAGCUUCUUUGAUCAACUCGGAUCUCGAUAUGUACUAUUCCCCAACCGACACACCGGCUCUCUGUCGGACCUCUUCACUCGUUGAGGAACUGGGCCAGAUUGCAUACAUCUUUUCAGACAAGACAGGCACGUUGACGUGCAACGAAAUGGAGUUCAGGGAGUGCAGUGUCUUCGGAACGAUGUAUGCUCAGGUAGUGGACGAUGCCAAACGGGAGCAAGGUCAACAAACUUUCGAGAUUCUCCGACAGAAGGCCGUGGCCAAUGAUCAGGAAGGGAACACCGUCCGAGAAUUCCUAUCACUACUGGCCGUAUGCCAUACCGUCAUUCCAGAGAUCAAAGAGGAGAAGAUGGUCUAUCAAGCGUCCAGCCCGGACGAAGCCGCUUUGGUACAAGGAGCCGAGCUGCUUGGCUAUCGAUUUCAUACUCGGAAACCCAAGUCGGUCUUCGUCGACAUCGCUGGACGUUCGCAGGAAUUCGAGAUACUCAACGUGUGCGAGUUUAACUCUACCCGGAAACGAAUGUCCACUGUGGUUCGCGGACCGGACGGGACAAUAAAGCUGUAUACCAAAGGCGCUGAUACAGUGAUCUUCGAGAGACUCGCACCGAAUCAGCUGAAUACGGAAACCACUCUCUCACAUCUGGAGGACUAUGCAACCGAGGGGCUCCGCACUCUGUGUCUUGCUUAUCGUGAAAUAUCGUCCGAUGAGUAUGGCAAGUGGUCUGUCAUGUACGACCAGGCCGCCGCUCAGCUAUCUGGGCGUGCUGAAGCCCUCGAUAAGGCAGCCGAAGUGAUUGAGCAGAAUCUCCAACUGCUAGGGGCGACAGCGAUCGAGGAUAGACUUCAAGACGGGGUGCCAGAUGCCAUCCACACCCUGCAACAGGCAGGGAUCAAAAUCUGGAUCCUGACCGGCGACAGGCAAGAGACCGCCAUCAACAUCGGCCUAUCAUGUCGAUUGAUUACAGAGUCAAUGAACCUAGUGAUAAUCAACACAGACACCGCAUCGGAGACCAGUGAGCUGUUGAACAGGCGGCUUUUUGCCAUCAAAAAUCAACGACUCGGCGGAGAUGUGGAAGAGUUGGCUUUGAUCAUUGCUGUAGAUGGGAAGAGCUUGACCUACGCUUUGGAGCGUGAUUGUGCCGAUGUGUUCUUAGAGUUGGCGGUGAUGUGCAAGGCUGUAGUGUGCUGUCGAGUGUCCCCCCUCCAAAAGGCGCUAGUGGUGAAGCUAGUCAAGAGAAAUACAAAAGCCCCUCUUCUGGCCAUCGGCGACGGUGCAAAUGAUGUCAGCAUGAUACAGGCCGCUCAUGUCGGGGUGGGUAUAUCUGGCGUUGAGGGGUUGCAAGCGGCCCGUUCUGCUGAUGUGGCCAUCUCGCAGUUUCGAUUCCUUCGGAAAUUACUCCUGGUGCACGGAGCAUGGAGUUAUCAGCGCCUAUCUAAGCUCAUCCUCUAUUCGUUCUACAAAAAUAUCACGUUUGCGCUGACGCUGUUCUGGUACUCCUGGUUCAAUGACUUUUCUGGGCAGAUCUCCUUUGAGGGCUGGUCCAUGUCAUACUACAACGUCAUCUUCACCAUCCUUCCACCUCUUGUCAUUGGCAUCUUUGAUCAGUUUGUCAGUGCGAGAAUGCUUGACCGGUAUCCGCAAUUGUAUCAAUUGGGCCAACAGAAUUAUUUCUUUACCCCAGUCACCUUCUUUUACUGGGUUGGCAAUGCCUUUUAUCACAGCGUCCUCCUGUUCGCCUUCUCCUGCCUCGUCUUUUACAACAACAACGUGCAGUCGGAUGGUGUCGACUCGGGUCUCUGGGUUUGGGGGACAACCUUGUAUCUGGCUGUCCUCUUGACAGUUCUCGGCAAGGCCGCGUUGGUGUCCGACGUGUGGACGAAGUACACAUUGGCAGCGAUCCCAGGAUCUUUUGCUUUCACCAUGAUCGCCCUCCCUCUUUACGCUCUCAUCGCCCCACUCGCCAAUUUUUCUGUAGCCUAUCGAGGCAUCGUCCCUCAUCUAUGGGGCAUCGCCGUCUUCUGGUUUGUCCUCGUACUCUUCCCGGUCGUUUGCUUGCUACGUGACUACGUGUGGAAAUAUUAUCGCCGAACAUAUCAUCCUACACCCUAUCACAUCGUCCAGGAAAUACAAAAGUUCAAUCUCUCUGACUAUCGACCAAGACAAGAACAGUUCCAAAAGGCGAUCAAGAAGGUACGCGCAACACAGCGAAUGCGACGGCAGCGUGGAUUUGCGUUCAGCCAGACCGAAACGAACAACCAAGAUCAGACUCGGUUGAUCCGGGCGUAUGAUACAAGUCUUGCUCGUCCCUCUGGAUAUUGAUAGCAUUGCCAAAAUCUAAAUGCAUGAAGUGGAGUUAUGG